GUGCCCUUGAAGAAUGGAUGAUGAUGAUUUUGGUGGUUUUGAGGCAGCAGAGAUUUUUGAUGGUGGAAACGGUGAAACCCAAACUACAUCUCCGGCUAUUCCUUGGGCUGCUUUUCCUACAGGGAAAAAUGCAAUUUCCAUUGUGAGCUGCCUUCCAGAAUUUAUGGUAGAGCUUCGCUGACGUUGCCACUGAUGCCAAAGUGGAAUAAAGUAGCUGGAGUCCAUCUUUCUCCAGCUUCUCCUGAAAUUGUACUGGACCAUGACCACAGUUCUCCUUCUGUCGGCUGCCUCUCUUCUGAGCCCAUCAUUUCCUCACCAGAGAAUACACAUGCAGACAACAGCAUUGUCGGUCAGACGGUUCCUAAAGCACAGAUUCAGCAAUCAACACACACUCAUCUGGAUAUCUCACUUUUUCCAUUGGGUUUAACUGAUGAGAAAAGUAAUGGAACAAUUGCUCCUGUGGGUGAUUCUGAGGAUCCUGGAGCAAACGUAUCAAACAUACAGCUUCAGCAGAAAAUUGCAAGUCUGGAGAUGAAACUCAAAGUUUCUGAAGAAGAAAAACAGAGAAUUAAAAAGGAUGUGGAAUCAUUGAUGGAAAAACAUAGUGUCUUAGAAAAAGAUUUCCUUAAAGAAAAAGAGCAAGAGGCCAUUUCUUUUCAAGAUAGAUACAAAGAACUUCAGGAAAAACAUAAACAGGAACUGGAAGACAUGAGGAAAGCUGGUCAUGAAGCCCUCAGCAUCAUUGUGGAUGAAUAUAAGGCACUACUGCAGUCUUCAGUUAAGCAACAAGUAGAAGCAAUUGAAAAACAGUACAUUUCUGCAAUUGAGAAACAAGCACACAAGUGUGAGGAGCUGUUAAAUACUCAGCAUCAGCGGCUGCUUGAAAUGCUUGAUACAGAGAAGGAACUGUUAAAAGAAAAAAUAAAGGAAGCUUUGAUUCAGCAAUCUCAAGAGCAGAAGGAAAUAUUGGAAAAAUGUUUGGAGGAAGAAAGACAAAGAAAUAAAGAGGCAUUAGUAUCUGCUGCAAAGCUUGAGAAAGAAGCAAUGACGGAAGCAGUUUUAAAAGCCAUAGAAGAGGAAAGAAAACAUUUGGAAAAAGCUCACGCUGAAGAAAGGGAGUUAUGGAAGACUGAGCACGCGAAGGAUCAAGAGAAAGUAUCUCAGGAGAUUCAAAAAGCUAUACAGGAGCAAAGAAAAAUUAGUCAGGAAACUGUUAAGGCAGCAAUAAUAGAAGAGCAGAAGCGUAGUGAAAAGGCUGUGGAAGAGGCAGUGAAGAGAACAAGAGAUGAAUUGAUAGAGUAUGUAAAGGAGCAGAAAAGGCUUGAUCAAGUCAUCCGCCAGAGGAGCCUGUCCAGCUUGGAACUGUUCCUCUCCUGUGCACAGAAACAGUUAAGUGCCCUGAUAGCCACUGAACCAGCCGACUUGGAGUGAGGGGAGCAUGGCAAGCUAGCCACGCCGGCAACAGUAAAUCCCGAGACCCCUGAAACACACGCUGUGAAUUGUAAAGAUGCUUUUGUUUUCUUUCCAAACCUUGGAAAAUUGAUUUCCACUCGAACGAUAAACCAAAACAAUAUUUAGAAAAACUACAAGAGGUUUAAUUUAUUUUCUUUUGUUUUUCUCCUUCUCCUUUCCCUUUACUAUCAUUUUAUUACUAGUAGUAAUAGCAACAACAGAAAGUAAGGCGGGACCCUGAAACCACUGAAAAUUGCCACAUUACCAGAAGUUAAAAGUACCGUUAUGGCCUCUGGUGGCCUGUUACAUUGUAUUUGGCAAAAGUAGUGAGUAUCUAUACGUGUUGUUUCACAGUGACUCUUGAUAAGAUUCUAGAAUGUAAUCAUACAUUCAUUUGAUUUUGAGGGUAGAAACAGCAUGGUUUUCAACAUCACCUAUUUAUGUAACUUAAAUAUGAAACACUGACACGACAGCAAAUCAUUCUGAUAUUACGAGACCUCUCUUCUGCAGUGGGCUCUAUGUAUUUUCAUUGAUAAUAAUUAAAAACACUAAAGAUUAUUUAAUUAAUUCAACUUUGAUCUGAUGUAUCACUGAAAGGCAUAGAUGUGUGUUAUAUGCUUACUUCCUAUUUCUGCUCUUCAAGUCACUAUGAAUCAAUAAUAUCAUUUUUCUUAUGAAUCAUACCAUGAACUUAAUCUCUAAAAAGAGAGUCUAAUAUACCUGUUUGUAGGAAUUCAGGUUCAAAUAUGAGAGAUGGGAAAUCCUUCCCCAGUAUUUCAGAAUGUACUUAAUUCAUGAGCGGUAUGCUUCAAUGUAAAAUCAUAAGGUUUUUUUUUUUUUAAGAUCAAAACUAAAAUACUGUCAUUAAAAAUGUAUGCAAAUGUCUUGUUUUCUGAAAUGCUCCUAGUUUCAUGGGCUUUGUACUUUUCUGGGAUUUCUCACAUAAUAAAAAGCUUCAAAAGUGA